AUGGCACCGGCUAUAAAAAUAUGGGCAGCAAUAAUACAAAAUCUGGGAUGUGACAUAAUAAUAACGCCAAGCGUAUUUGAUGUGUUAGAACAUUCCAAUAGAUAUGUUUUACCCCAGCCGUUUUCAAAUAUAAAAUUAAACAGUGUGAUAGAAAAACAACAACACAUCAACAUCGGGGAUAUACAUGAAAUAGUCGUAAUAGACUCAAGUAAUAAAGAGCAUGAAGAUGAUCAUGUUUUACCCCAGCCGUUUUCAAAUAUAAAAUUAAACAGUGUGAUAGAAAAACAACAACACAUCAACAUCGGGGAUAUACAUGAAAUAGUCGUAAUAGACUCAAGUAAUAAAGAGCAUGAAGAUGAUCAAGAAGACAAACUUGCUAUAGCAAUUGGAGCCAUUAGCAAAAUACGUCAUUUCGUUCUAACAACAACUUUGAACACACUCUUUGCCACAUGUUUCAUACUGCAAUACAGUUUGGGCAAGUACUUAUUCGACGAUUACUGGUCCCAAGAGCAGUAA